AUGGAUGUUGGUAAGCGGUGUGUUGAUAUGCACAACAAGAUGGAUGAGAUGUACAAUGCUCUUAAUGGUAAGAUCACUAGAUUGGCUUCUCAACAUGAAGAUAUGAAGGGUAAGAAAGUGACUAAAGACUUUACUUAUCAACAUGAAGAGAUCAAAGUUGUUAAUGUGGGGAAUAAAAAGACCAUAAAGCUUGAUAAAAAUAUCUUGGAUGACUUGGGAGAUCCUUUUCGUUUUAGUUCUUGUUCCGGGUGGGACCCUGAAACGAAGAAAUUGACUGCUACAGAUGAAGUAUUAUAUGUCUUUGCGAAGGCUCAUUCAACUAAGAUACAUCUGCAUGAUGAGUCAUUUGAAGAUUUUGGAGAUUUACAAAUGAUAUUUGAAUCAAAUAUUACAAUUGGAAGGAAUGUUGUGGGAAUAAGCGAUGCCAUUAAUGCAUAUACAUAUCAAGUUGAAGACAAUGAAGCGAUAAAUAAUUCAAGUCGUGUCCAAAUAAUGGAAGAUGAGGAAAUUGUGUAUGAAGAAACAUAUGUUCAAGAAAUUUUUGGCCUCACACAGAAAACAUGGGAAAAGGUAAACGAAGAAAAAGAAGGUGAGGACAAAGCUAAUAACGUGUGGGAAGCUAUCAAAAGAAUUUCUGAAUUGGAUGAAGAUUUGUGUUACGAGGCCAUGACAUUGAUUCACAAUUUAGGUAUGAAAUAUGGUUUCACCCAUAUGCUUAUUGCAGAUCGCAAUGGAUGGAUCAUACAAAACCUUUGUAAACCAUGA